AAAAAAGUUGAAGAAAAAACUAAAUCACGGAAGAGAUUAUGCAGCGCUAGUUUGGCAAGUUUCUUUUGCGGUCUCAAAGCAGCGGAGAUAGACGGAAAAGAAGGAAAACAAACACAAAGUUGGGCACAUUUGAUUUGUUCGCUUGUCCUGUAGGAAGUAUAUGAGAGAGACAGCAGUCAUGGAGUCAGCCAUUCAGACGGUAGUGGGUGUCUUCCUGAAAUCAGCCAAAGGGAAGGAGAGUUUGGGAGGGAAUGACUUCCAGAAGCUGGUGAAGAGCCAGCUCCACAACAUCAUGAUGGACACUGACAGCUCCGAGGCGGUGAAGAAAAUGCAACAGGGCCUGGACGCUAACCAGGACGGUAAAGUCAACUUCGAGGAGUACAUGAAGCUGGUGGGCUACCUAGCAACCUCCCUGAGCGUGCAAUGCACCGCUGCCGUGGACACGCCAGCUGAGAGUGCGGCCGCCACAACAGAGACCAAGAAUGCACCAGCACCAGCAGCAACAGAGGUAAAGGAAGAGAAGGCAGAAGCCGAGGCACAGCCAGAGGAGGCACAGGCUGAGCCAGAGACAGCCACAACUGUAGAGGCACCAGCAGAGGCAGUCGUAGAGGCAGAAAAGGUGGAAGAGGCGAAAAAGGUGGAGGAGCCAGCACCAGCAGCAACCGAGGAGGAGAAGACAAAGGAGGCCUCAUAGGAGUUUACCACUGGUCCAGUCCGGACAUUACAAUACACACCAACACCAAACUGAUAGACACCUCACUACCCUAAUACAAACUACAGUACACUAUGCAACCCACCCUUCAAACAGGAGUGCUAAUACCAUAAUAAUAAUAAUAAUAAUACCAUGCAGUACAGUAUAUGUUGCAACACCACAAUAGCACAUACAUGUUCAUACACAUACAUAAACCCAGUAUUUGGUACUAAAAUAAACUACACUACAAUUACUUACAUUGCAGCCGUACAUGCCAUUAUGUUGAUAUACUUCCCCCUAUAUAGCACACUAUACUUUAUUAUAUGUAUAUAUCAUUCAUUCUGCCAUUCAUUGAUGUGAAAUUGACACAUUUACACACCUGUAGAGCUGAUUAAUCUUGAUAUACACUGACACACAUGCAAUACUAAAUGUUUUUAUAUUUGCAUUCCUUCUUUCUCCCUUUGCUCAUCUACAAUGACGCAAUGCAACACUAUACUACAGUACAUUCCACAAUGUACAGUCAAGUCAGGCCAUCUCAAGUUGUUCUUGACAUUUGCUACACAUCAAAUUCUCCAGUCCAGUGUCUAUACAGAUCCACACUUUUCAGUGUUAAAUUAACACACUGCUCAGUGUAAAGCCUUAUUUGCAUAUUUCCCAGAAGGCCUUGCCUUUCGUGUGAAGUUUAGAGUUUACCACCCAUGACUGUAUUUGUUAGUGACAGAGACAUGGUUGUUGCAUUCAUCCAUUUUCAGCCCUGUGGCCUCCACCAAGUGAAUACACAAGGGAAUACAUUAUCAUACAGUUUUUAUUAUGUAACACAUUAUAUCAUGUAUUUCUUAAGUCCUUUUACCAUUAAACAGUGACCUGAAACUCAUUCUUUACAGGCCACAUCAGGCCUGCAAGUCACAUUAGGCUGGCUUGCAAAGCGACGUGUAAUUUCUAUUGGAAUCGAGCCAGAGUGUAGAUAUAAAACAUUUAGAAUUUUUAAUGACACUCAUCCUGCAUUCAGAACAACUACUUGGUUGAGAAGAUUAACAUAUAAGGCCACCUUAACCAUGUUAACUGGAACAACCAUUUCAGUAAUGGUGCGGAAGUCCAAGUACCAGAUUGGAUUAGUUUAGAAAAAUGUAUGUUAGUUAUAUUUGAGAAGAAUAAGAUUAAUGAAUGUACAUGCAAAUACAUAGAUAUUGAAACAAUUCUAAAAAAUAUGCCUGCAGUAGAGCAUGCUGGGAAAUAUGAUAAUGAUGGGUGUGGUUUUGGUUUAACACUGGUUAUUAACACCAACACUGGGAUUCUUUUACACCAAUGAGUGUUAAUUUAACAAUUACAGAGAGAAUUUAACACAACUUAACAUUAGAAAUGUUACAUUGACCAAUUUGCUUUGCAAAAGAUUGUCUAAGUGCUCUCUCUCUCUUUUCUUCCCUUGCAACUCUGUCAUUGAUAUUAAGCUCUGACAUGGCAUGACAUGACAAUAAACAAAUUGUGUUCCUAGG